AUGCCCCGCUACCUAUCUUUAGGCUGUUCACCCCCACCAAGCUUCGACCUGCCCAGGCACCUUGAACGGUUCUCUUCGAUUCCAAAAUCGCAAAACAUACCAACGAUCGAGCAGACCAGAAGAACGAUGAGUUUCGCGAUCGAAGUCCCGGGCGAAGCUACGCCCUUCACACCCGUCGAGCUCUGCAGAACCCUCGAAGCUGCAUCCAUCUCCACCGACCAAGCCCAGAGACAGUCUGCUGGCCAGCAGAUACAGGCUUGGGAGUCGCAUCCCGACUACUAUGUUACUCUUCAGACCAUAUUCCUCGACAAGUCACUACGAAGAGAGGUUCGAUGGCUCGCCAUCAUCGUGCUCAAAAACGGCAUCGACAAGUAUUGGCGACCCAGAGCGAAACAUGCCAUUCCACCACCACAAAAAGAGCUCAUACGCUCUCGGCUUCUGCAAGGUUCGGUGGACGAGGAGGACAGACAGCUCGCACUGCAUAACGCCCUGGUUACCGCCAAGAUCGUGAGGAUAGAUUACCCCGAUAGCUGGCCCGAUGCCAUCGCCAAUAUCAUCAACGUUACCCGAACGGCUCGGGGUGGGAACCCCAUGCACCUCGGCGGUGCCCUGUUGGUUAUGCUCCGGAUAGUCAAAGAGCUCAGCACGGCGCGGUUGGCGAGGUCACAGACCGCUCUUCAGAAGGUCACACCGGACCUGGUCCAGCUUCUGGGAGAGAUUUACACCGAGAAGACGGCUUAUUGGCAGGAGUUCCUCAUGAAAGGACGGGGAGACGAAGAUGACGCCGACUAUGCCAUGCAAAACAGCUUGAUAGCACUCAAGAUCUUGAGGCGGUUGGUCACAGUUGGAUACAAGGAGCCGCACAAGGACAACAUGGUUCAGGGGCUGUGGUCUCUAUCACAGACACAGUUCGAUCAGUUCCUCCACGGUGUCAGUCACGAAUCGUGGAUCCCGAUACCGUACCAAGAUCUCGUCGGCAAGCAUCUCAUCCAGUUUACCAAACUACACAUCGAUAUGGCGAAUUUGCAUCCCUGCAGCUUCCCGAUUCUUCCAAACUCGAUUCCGUUAGUUAGAGCCUAUUGGAAUCUUGUGAAGGACUUCUCGCAGGUGUUUGAGAAGUCUGGUGGGAUCAAGCAGACAGAGAGCACAACAGGGAAUACCAAGCACGAGGGGCCGUUGGCGGAAAAGUUGGCUCUCAAGGGACUCUUGUUGCUGAGGAGUUGUAUUGGGAUCGCCUACCGACCGGCUCAGACGUUCAAGUUCCAGACCCCAGAAAUGAAGGAGCUGGAAACACAAGCAAUUCACGUUAUCAAGGUCGAAUUGCUGAACAGGGAGUUGCUUCUGGACAUUAUUCAGGUGAUCAUCAGCAAGCUGUUUAUCUUCCGCAAGUCGGAUCUCGAUGCCUGGGAAGAGAGCCCGGAGGAAUGGGAAGCUCAGGAACGCACAGAGGGCCAGGCCUACGAGUGGGCUAUCCGCCCAUGCGCUGAGAGGUUGCUGAUAGACCUGUUGACACACUAUAGGGAGUUGGGUCAGCCGCUUCUCAGCUAUUGUGAGCUCGCCACCAAAGUCGACAUGGACAUUGUCACGAAAGAGGCCGCUUACUGUGCUCUUGGGUGUGCUGCUGCCGUUGUGCACCACAACUUUGACUUUGAUCGCUUCCUGACCACAACGCUCGUCAAGGAUGCUCAGGUACAGGACACGAUGGCCAAGGUGCUCCGCCGGCGGAUUGCUAUUUUGCUAAGCCAGUGGAUCACCAUCAAGAUUUCCGAAGCGAACAGAAAAGUGGUGUUUGAGAUUUAUCGCCACUUGCUUAACCCAGCUGACGAUCACAAUGAUGAGGUGGUGCGCAUUACGGCUGCGCGUCAGUUCAAGUAUAUCGCCGAUGACUUUGAGUUCAAGUCUGAACCCUUCCUGCAAUAUGCGCCGGAUUUCUUCGAACUUUUGAUCGGCUUGCUCUCAACGGUAGAGAGCGACGAGACAAAACUGGCGGUUUUGGACACGAUCAGGUUGAUCGUCAGCAGGAUGGAGGAACAUGUCUCGCAGUUUGGAGAUACCAUCAUGAUGACACUCCCCAAGUUGUGGGAGUCGGUCGGAAGUGAAGAGUAUAUGAUCAAGCAGUCGGUGCUUGCCAUCAUGACAGCUCUCGUCAUGUCGAUGCGGGCCGACUCGCAGCGAUAUCAACCACUGAUCCUGCCACUCCUGGCAGAGGCGAUGAACCCCGACUCGCCACUGCAUCUUCACCUUAUUGAAGAGUCGGUGGAGCUCUGGAGGUCAUUGCUGAUGCAGAGCGUCCCACCACUGAAUCCUGAGCUCACCCAGAUGGUCCAGCUGGCCCUCCCCCUCCUAGAAUACGACUCCGCCGUCUCGAACCAGUGCCUCGAGAUUGUGAAAUCGUACAUCUCUCUCGCACCACAAGACCUCCUCAGCGACGCCCUCCGCCGCCCUGCUCUCGCGGCCCUUGCCAAAACCGUCGACGCCAACAGCCUCGACCAAGCCCAGCUCGGCGCCAAGUCGAUCGAACUCAUGAUCCGGUUCUCUGAAGAAUUCGGCGGGUCUCAAGGAGUAACGGUUAUUGUCCAAGACCUCCUUGAGACUGGCCUUGUCCACACAAUGCUCGAAGGCCUCCACAGCGCCUGGGAAUCCUCCCAGACCACUGGGCCCAACCGGAAACCCUCCAAAAUCAGCACACUCAAAGAAUCGGACUAUUACGCCCUCUUUGCCCGGGUGUGCGUCGCCGACCCGACAGUGUUUAUCAACCUGUUGUCGCGGUUCACAAACGGCGGACCGAUCGAUACUGUUCUCUCCUGGUUGAUGACCCAGUGGUUCGCCAACUUUGACACCAUGGGCGAUGUCGAACGUGAGAAGCUCUCUUGCCUGGCCCUGACAAGACUGGUGGAAUUGCCCUCGCCGGUGCAGGAGCUCGUGUUGGGGAAGCUGCAGGAUUAUCUGUCCAUGUGGACGCACAUCGUGACGGAACUGGCGGAUGAUACUGCCGAGCAACAAGGGGGGGCCGAUGGGCCGCAGGAUAGCCUCGUCUGGGGGGAGAUGCCGAGCUUUGAGUAUGAUACUCCGCUAGAUAUUCAUGAGAGGAGGUUUGCGCACAAGGACCCGGUGCACUCGGUGGCGACGUACGGGUUUGUCAAGGUGAGGUUGCAGGAUUUGGUGCAGAGGCUGGGUGGGGAGGGGGUGUUUGAGCAGCAGUGGGCGGUUAAUGUUGAUCGGGAGGUGUUGAUGGGGUUUCAGAGGUUAAGUCAGGGGGGAGUUGCUGGGCCGAAAUAGGGGGGGAAGGGGGAUCAAAACAGGUUGGGGGGGGAUAUUCCAGAAAAAAGUGAAUUGUCGAUUUGAGGAGAGAGGGGGGGGGUUAGUAGCAGGAGUUACCUAAAGGGGAGGAGAAGCAAGCGAUGAAAGAGGGCUGGCUGGCUGGCUUCGAGGUUGGUUUCAGGAGAGGCCAAAAUAAAAGGAGAAAAAUGGCUAUAUCAAGAGCUAAUAAAAUACAAUGAUAAUUGUACAGACUUGUUCAGUGUUGUUGGUGUUUACACAUCAAUUUAAAAGGUAAAAAGAUUAUUGAGUAGUGGAAUAAGUGUAAACCUCUCAUUUCCUCCCACUGGUUCACCUUGACAUAUAGAAAGCAUUGCCUGAGUGUACAUGUAUUCUCUUCAAUUUACCCUCUGACUACCACAACCACCUGCUCGCUAUGCAUGACAUAAACCCCCACGCAACCUCCCCAACUGCCAAACAAACAAAAAAAAAAAAAAAAAAAAAAAAAAAAAAGACAGAAUGCAGUGCCUAUAUAUAUAUGACCAUCAAAAAAAUCGUUUACCCGCUGCCGCCACCACCGCCCGUGCUAUGCAGCCAAAAAAAAAUUCCAAAUAAUUCCAUGCUAUGAUUCCACUUCUUGUGUGCCAAAACAACAAGACAACUCCCACCAGAUAUCUCACCACUGUUAAUCCUCCCGUUAUAGCACAACAAAACAAAAACAAAACAAAACAAAGCAAAUGAAACCCCCUCAAACAUCCGCCUCAAACCUCGUCCUCGGCGUAGCAGGCGUAUUAGGCGGCAAAUGAUUCCCAAAAGUAUGCCAGCAGUUGGGAGCUUGUAGGAUAUACCUAUCACAUUAUCACGUCAGCAUCACCUCUUUUCAAACUCAAUGCGGAGUUCGAAAUACCUGGCCAUAGCCUCCCUAA